GGGAACUCUCUCCAGCGAGACGUCACCAGUAGAGACAUCAACAGCACCUGGCGGGGAGGGCGUUCCACAGCCGAUGCCCAACACCACGAGAGAGAUCAUUGCAACACCGCACACAACAACCACCACCACCACCUCCUCUUUCCUUCCUUCCUUCCUCCUCCCUCUUCAUCUCACCGUGUGUGUGUGUGGUCCACGCCUUGCGCUUUGAGCACAGCUCCGCGAAUCCCACGCAGGAACAUCUGCUCAAGUUUACCACAACCACCACCACCAACCAACACCACCAACAACAACAACAACAAACACUUUCGCCAUAACCUUCUCGUAACCCGUGCUUGUGUUUAUUUUUCUUUGUCAUUCCUCGCGGUCGGUGAGACUGUCGAGGGAGGGACAGCCAUGCAGCACGGUGAUAAGGGUCAACGCCUCGGAUCGACGGCCAUCGACGAUGCCCUCUCGGACGGGAAGCCGACCGAAGGCGGCAGCGCUUGCUCCGCGAGCCGCAGUACCGCGGAGUCGAGGGGGGCUCCCGAUGCGGGCGACUACCCCAAGGGGAAACCGCUCCCGGGAUCCUACGUGGACUCGUCGAGCGCGGUGUACGAGGAGAUCCCCGAAGAUGGGCCGCACAAGGCGGAGGAGGAUCAGAGCGGCGGCCCGAAGAAGUCCCGCAAAAGCGUCUUGCGCGGGCUAUGGGGGACCAGGCUGACGGAGGAUAUAACCGAUCGAGACAAGUAUGUGAAGACGACUUUGCGCGAGCUUUUUGUCUACAUCGCCUUCCUAAUUAAUCUCAUCAUCCUGACAUUUGGCAUGACCAGCGACCUCAUGUAUAAGUACACCCUGGCAAUGGACAACCUUUUUCUGCAGAACACGGUCUCACCCAAUGACAGUGUCAACUUUAAUUCCAUCUUCACCUUUGAUGACUUCUGGAAGGUGGUACAGGGCCCAGUCCUCAACGGCCUCUACUGGGAAAAGUGGUACAACGACAUACCGCUCGUGGAAAAUCAGUCGUUCAUUUACUACGAGAACUUCCUGCUGGGCGUCCCGCGCAUCCGCCAGCUCAAGGUGCGCAACGACUCGUGCACAGUGCACGCCGACUUCCAGAAGGACGUGCAGGGCUGCUACGCCGCCUACUCCGAGGACGCCGAGGACAAGGCCUCCUUCGGCCCGGCCACCGGCACCCCGUGGAAGUAUUCUACCAGCUCGGACAUGAAUGGCUCUUCGCACUGGGGGCUGCUGGCGACCUACAGCGGCGGAGGUUACUACCUGGACCUGACCCGGAGCAAAUCUGAGAGUGCCAUCUUGUUGCAGGACCUCUUCGACAAACAGUGGCUGGACCGAGGAACCCGUGCCAUCUUAAUUGACUUCUCCUCUUACAACGGUAACAUCAACCUCUUCUCAGUCAUCAGGCUGCUCGUGGAGUUCCCUCCCACAGGAGGGGCCGUGCCAUCCUCACAGAUUUACACCGUGAAGCUCAUCCGCUAUGUCACCGGCUCCGACUACUUCAUCCUGGCCUGCGAGGCCAUCUUCUGCUGUUUCAUCCUCUACUACAUCGUGGAGGAGAUCCUCGAGCUGAGCAUUCACAAGUUUGCCUACUUCAAGUCGGUUUGGAACUGCCUGGACCUCCUGGUCAUCAUGCUGUCGGUAGUGGCCAUCAUCUUCAAUGUGUACCGCACGGUGACUGUGAACAAGCUGCUCAAGGCGCUGCUGGAUGAACCCAAUCGAUACGGCAACUUUCAGUUCCUGGCAUUUUGGCAGACGCAGUACAACAACAUGGUGGCAGUCAAUGUUUUCUUCUGCUGGAUCAAGUUUUUCAAGUACGUGAGCUUCAACAAGACAAUGACGCAGCUCUCCUCCACGCUGGCUCGCUGCGCCAAGGACGUCCUGGGCUUUGCCGUCAUGUUCUUCAUCAUCUUCUUCGCCUACGCGCAGCUCGGCUACCUUCUCUUCGGCACGCAAGUGGAGGACUUCAGCACAUUCAGCAACUGCAUUUUCACCCAGUUCCGCAUCAUCCUGGGUGACUUUGAUUUUAACGCCAUCGAAAAUGCCAAUCGAGUGCUGGGCCCGCUCUACUUCACCACCUAUGUGUUUGUCGUCUUUUUCGUGCUCCUGAACAUGUUUCUGGCCAUCAUCAAUGACACCUAUGCAGAGGUGAAGAAUGAACUUGCGGAGAAGGAGAAUGAGUUUGACGUGGGUGGCUACUUUAAGAAGGUCUACCUUGACAUACGGAAGAAGCUGGGCAAAAAUCGGGGAAACAUCGUGGACAUGAUAAGCGUACUGGAUGCCUCCAGCCAAAAGAUCAAUUACGACGACUGGAGGCUAAAGCUGAAACGCCUGGGACACAGUGACGAAGAGAUCGAGGCGGCUUUUGCCAAGUUCGAUAAAGACAAGAACUCAGUGCUGGACUCAAAUGAGAUGAAACUCAUGAGAGACGAACUUAAAAGCCAGAAGGCAAACAAACAGGUGGAGAUGACUGACGAGGAGAAAGACAGCGUCGAUGUGUCUACGCAUGAGUUCAAAGGACUGGUGCAAAAUGUUGAUAACCUCGAGCAGUCAAUCAGCACCAUGUUCUCCAAGGUGGAUGUCAUUAUGAAUAAAGUGGGAUCCUUGGCCAAGAAUUCACCCAAAGCCCCCAAAAAUGUCUAUCAAAAUGCCCCCGGAAAUGGUUAAAUCGGGAAAAAAACGGAUGGACAGAUGGUAAGGUGAGGAUUUCUGAAGGCAACCAGAGGACAAGAAUCAUAUUUCUGAAAUAUAUGUGGAUGUAUUUUCCUUUCUCUGUACUCGUACUAGCCAUUAUGAAAUGCAAUACGAGUCACAAUUAAAAAGCACAACUACAAUUAUUUGUAAAAAUUCAAUAAUUGAGUAGAAGAAACCUUAGUUUAAUGUAUUUUGAUGGUCAUGUCUGUGUAAUCAGAUCCGUGAUGCAGAUUUCAGCCACAUCUCAUCACAACGAUUGACUGUUGCAAGGCUUUUCAAAUACAGUACAGUAAACAUUAAAUAAAACCCUGCAGAAAAACUCGUGGUUAUUUUUCAACUUUAUUACAGUCUAUAAAGUUUGGAGGCCCAAAAUCUUAUUUAAUGUUGUAUUAGCAGAAUACUUGGUGAUCUUGAUCUGUUAAGUGGUACAUUUGAAUUAAGAUAUUAAAAUUGGAGGUGAGAACAAGUUCUCAAAAUGUUAUGGCUAUGUAGAAGUUAUCUAAAGGCAUCUUCUACUAUUUCCUAUCUCAAAUCAGUUUGAAUACUGUAAUUCAUAUUGCAUCACAACCCACGGUAUGUCUCGAAGUCCAUAUUGUUACAACAAUUUAGGAGUUAACAAUGCAGGCCAUCGUGCUCUGGUAGUGUCAUCUGAAACACUGUCAUGUGGUGAAACAAAACACACACGUGAAUGUCACAGUUUCAGCAGAUGUAUCACUCUGAUGUGGUUGUUGGUUGUACUGCGAGUUGUUCGCCAUGCUGGAAGCUUCUUCUUGAACAUCAUGCCAAAAGUGUGGUACAACCUGAACACACAUCGGAGAGCAAUAUAGUACAAAUACGAAAACCUACUUACAUAUUACAAAAUCUGCAACAACAACAACAAAAAAACACGUAAUAAAUGUUGCUCAGUUGUGUUAAGAUAAAUGUUUAACACAUGUAAAAAGGCAUACAGCCUCUCGAUUAAGGGUAGGAACUAUAUGCUCUAUCUUGUAGUGUAUGUUUAAAGUCCCGCUGUAAAUGUUGAUGUAAUCUUUGCAUGCAAGUGGGAAAAUUACUAUAUAGUGAAAAUAUAAGCAGUAUUAAAUUGCUUGCAGUUACAUCUCUCAUCUUUGUUGCUUUAUGAAGAGAUUACAUUUAUUUAAGUACAGUACAAUGUCGCAUAUCUUCCACGAUCGUGUAACCGCCCACACCCAAUGUAUUGGAUAAUAGCUAUUAAAAAUUUUGUUCAGUUUUUUGGUCCAUAUUUUGUCGGGGAAAAUCAUGUUGAAUAACAUGAACAACUAUAACGAUAUAUUACAAAAUGGACGAUAGAAUUAAUAUGGAUAUUACAUUGUACAAUAUUUUGUACUACCUGCAUAUCGUGGCAACCCUGUGACCCAAAAGGUUGAACUAAUUUCUAAGCUUUUAGCAUAGCUGCCUAUACCUCAAUCCCUGGCAAGUUAGAUAUGUGAUGUUGUACUGUUCUUUUUGUCUUCAUAUUCGUCAUAUAACCAAAACAUUGUCUGAUAUAUUGUCCACCUGGAAAUGUAUGCAUGCCAGUUAUAAACUAUAUAGGUCAUGAUCGGCUUUCCAGACUUUAGGACCACAGAUUACAGAAAUAUACCUUUUCACAAAACAAACCUGUCUGGUCUUGUAAAGUUGAAGAGGUAUUUCCUUACUUCUUUUUCAUAUUGCAUGGUAGGAGUAAAUUAAAUCGGCAGUGGAGUGGUGGCCCAGUGGUUAGUGUAAAGUGCAUUGAAACUGGCUACCUUAAUUCGAUUUCACCAGCGGCCAUAUCAACCGUUUCUGGGCCACUCGUUUACCAACCAACACAGACCAGCAUGAAAUAUGGUCAACCAACCACCGCCACCAUGACAAGAGAUCAGAAACCUGUGGCUCCGGAGCAACAUGCGGCUCUUUAAGGACCAUCUCAUUCAUAUGCAUUGUAGCUCCUGAAAAAAUGGCUUUUUAUUUUGGUUGCCGACCCCUGCCCAUGACUAUCCCAUCGGGGGGGGGGGGUGGGGUUUCGUCCAACAGUGGAUUGAAAAAGGACUCUCUACAUGGUUAUUUUAAAGUGAUGAAAAAUAUUUUGAAUACCCUCCACGUUUCAUAAUUAUAAUGUUGCUAAGUUUUUGAGUACUUCAGUAAUGGAGAAUCCAGUUUUCAAAAAUCCCAUGGACAAUUAAUUUUAUGGAAGACCAGACAGGUUAUAUUCAGUUUUGCUUGACAUUUGCAAGAGUGCAUUUGACGUGUUAUGCAUGUUUUAAUAUAGUUCACCCCUCCCCCAAUAAAAAAAAGUGUUAAAUUAA